CCUGGGAUGGAUGGUCGCGUGCUGCAUUUCAUGGUUGGAAACCUAUCCUUGAAUUAAUGAUUCCUGGUAUCUUUAUGGUCUGUGCGGAGUGGUGGGCACUUGAACUUAUAUCUUUUCUUGCUGGAUAUCUUGGUGAACUUUCACUUGCAUCCCAGGGUAUAAUAACUUCUAUACUUAGCAUAAUAUAUCCAAUACCAUAUGGAAUCUCUAUAGUAGCAUCAAAUCGUGUUGGAAAUUUAUUGGGUGCUGGUUUAUUAGAAAGGGCUAAAAUGGCUUCAAAACUUUCCAUGCAAAUUGCUAUUAUUAUUAGUUUAUUUAAUGCAGUCAUCUUGAUAGGUUUCAAGGAUAGUUUGGGAUACAUAUUCACCUUUGAUGAUGAUGUAGUCAAAUAUACAUCUUAUGCCUUACUAUUUACUGGCAUUUUUGUGUUACCCGAUGGUAUAAACGCAGUCGGAUAUGGUAUUCUUCGUGGGCAAGGCCGUCAAAAUAUUGGCGCGCUCGUUAACGCCCCUACAUAUUUCUUGGUAGGAAUACCUAUUUGUAUAUUUGCAGCUUUUAAAUUAGGAUAUGGAUUACGAGGUCUUUGGAUUGGAGAGAUGACAUGUUCAUUUAUA